ACAUCCAAUGAGAAAGUUCGUAACAUCAUGAUGUUGUUUUGUGGCAGAAGUGGUUGAGGUUUCUCGCUGUGUGAAGAGUGGAGCUAGCUCGUUAUCCUGUCCCGGGACGAUGUCGAGUCGUGCUCUGCGUAGACUGAAGGGGAGACAGCGGGGACAGGAGGCCCUAGACCUUGGCUAUUUACAGACAGACGAGGGAGAACAGGCGCCGGACUUGGAAGAAGAAAAACAGGACGACGGUCUUUUAGAGCCAGCUAAGAAGAACAGCAGCCGGAAAGCAAAGAAAAAUAAGUCGCAGAAAAACCUCAGCAAUAUAUACGAGCUGAUAUGUGAUGCGGAAAAUGAUGCAGAGAAACAACCAACGGACGAAGAGGCGUCCGCCAGCCUAGGACACCUGAGCAGCGGGGAAAGCAAAGAGAAGAGCGAAAGUAAGGACGCAGUGACAGAAGAAAAGCUACCUGAGACGGAGAAAGGAACGUGUACUGUGGGGAAUAAAGCAAACAAAAAGAAGAAAAAGAAGAAGAAAAAGGCCUCGACAGGAGAAACACAGCAGGAAGAGGCAACGGGAGAUGAUAUUGAUGCUUUGCUUGAAACCAUUGAGAAGACCAAUGGCCUUUCCUAUCAGAAGGAGAGCUGUAACAGCACAGGCAGCAGAUAUGUUCUCUAUGUGGAGCACAGGAACCUGAACUCUGAGACGGAGCUGAAAAGAUAUUUUGGAGCUCGUGCAGUUCUGGGGGACCAAAGGCCCAGGCAGAGGCAGAGGCAGUUCCACCGCAGCUCCGGGGCAUGGAUGACCAUCGCCAAGGACACCUGGCCACGAUACAGCAGACCAGGGAUCACGAUGAGCCUGCUGGAGUCCAGAGAAGGCUUGCAGCAUUUCACCUUCGAGCACAACCGAGACUACCAGCAAGUCCAGUUUAAGUUCCUGGAUGCAGUGGAGUCCAUGGAUCCCAGCAACAUUGUGGCUCUCCUGCAGAUAAACCCCUACCACAUAGACUCCCUCCUGCAGCUCUCCGAUGUCUGCCGCAUCCAGGAGGACCAGGAAAUGGCCAGAGACCUGGUCGAGAGAGCCUUGUAUGGCUUUGAGUGUGCGUUCCACCCGGUCUUCAGCCUGACGUCCGGCACCAGCCGACUGGCCUAUCAGCGGGCAGAGAACAGGGCAUUUUAUCUGGCUCUGUACAAGCACAUGAUGUUUCUGGAGAAGAGAGGAUGCCCGCGGACUGCCCUCGAGUUCUGCAAGCUUAUCCUGAGCCUGGAUCCCGACAAUGACCCACUGUGCAUGCUGCUGAUGGUGGACUUCCUGUGUCUGAGGUCACGAGAGUACACGUCCCUCAUACGGCUCUAUGAAGAGUGGGAGGUGCAUCGGAACCUGUCCCAGCUGCCCAACUUCGCCUUCUCGGUGGCGCUGGCGCACUACCACCUGAGCCUGCAGGAGGAGCUGCCCGAGUCGGAGAGCGCGCUCACCAAGCAGCGGUCCGACCGGCUGCUGCAGAACGCCCUGCUCAUGUUCCCCGGGGUGCUGCUGCCCCUGCUGGAGCUGUGCACAGUGCAGCCUGAUGCCGCCGUGUCCUCGCAUGUGUUCUUCGGACCCAAAAGCCAACUGGGGCAGCCUCCCGCUCUCAGUGAGCUGCUCUCCCUGUACGUGGGCCGCAGCUUCCCGCUCUGGAAGGAGGGCGGGGUCAUGGUGUGGCUGGAAGGCAACGUGCGGGAGGUCCUGCGCAGGGUGGACUCCAGCGACCCUGCCGUGGAAGACUGCGCGAACAAGAGAAAGCAGAGGUAUCAGAGUGCGCCGAGGAACAUCCAUCGUCACGUCAUCCUUUCCGAAAUAAAGGAAGCCACCGCUACCCUGCCUCUGGACGUGACCACUCAGCCAUUAAUGGGAUUUGACCCUCUGCCCCCUCUGGACUCUGUGACGUCAUACACCAGGCCUGAAAGGCAGAAUGGGGCAGCCUCAAAUGAGAGCACCUUGUCUCUCUUCUUCCGGUCCCUGCUGCCAAACUUCAACCUGCAGGCUGGCCCACGGCCGGAGGAGGACCGCGAGGUGGCCCGGGCCGGGCGAGAGCUCAACCAGGAGGUCAACCGGCUAAUGGUGGCCAUGAGGGACAUGCUGGCCAACAUUCAGUUCCAGGAGCCGCCCAGAGAGGACAACCCGGAGAGGGACGAGGAGGAGUGGGACUGAGCGAUGGGAGGAGAGGGAGGGGGAGGGG